CAGGGUCAUAAAUGAAGUUUUACAAGGAACUACAUUAAGUCUAGCGGUGUAUUCGAGUCUUUUGAAUUGUUGAAGCGUAUGUAGCCUUUCAGAUUCCCGUCGAAUUAAAUCAGCAUGCUCCCUCGCGCUCUGAGUGGCGCUGCUCGGUGCCUGAUGAAGCGCUGCUCGUCACAGAGAGUCUUCAGGACAGGGCGCAGGUUAGUUUUGGGCAUCGAGACGAGCUGCGAUGAGACCGGAGCGGCUGUGCUGGACGACACUGGACUGAUUCUGGGCGAAUCUCUGCAUUCUCAGAAACUGACACACCUUGAGGCGGGUGGAAUUAUCCCAACUGUGGCCCAACGCCUACACAGAGAAAACAUCUGUAGAGUUGUCCAGGAGGCCUUGGACAGAAGUGGCAUUGAACCCAGUGAACUCACAGCUGUGGCCACAACAGUGAAGCCUGGGCUUGCCCUUAGCUUAGGAAUCGGCUUGGAUUUCAGUCAGAAGUUUGUGAGACUUCACGAAAAGCUGUUCAUCCCUAUACACCAUAUGGAGGCACACGCCCUCACUGUAAGAAUGCUACACCCCGUAGACUUCCCUUUUCUUGUGCUCCUUGUCUCCGGGGGUCAUUCUCUUCUUGCAUUGGCCAAAGGAAUAGAUGAAUUUCUUCUGCUGGGGCAAACAUUGGAUGUAGCAGCCGGGGACACUUUAGAUAAGAUUGCUAGAAGACUUUCUCUUAGCAGUCGCCCAGAGUGCUCUUCUUUGAGCGGUGGACAAGCCAUAGAGCUUCUGGCAAAAGAAGGAGAUCGAUUCGCAUUUCAUUUCAAGUCACCCAUGGGGCAGCUCUACGACUGCAAUUUCUCUUUUGCUGGUUUGCGAAACCAGGUGACACUGGCAAUAAGCAAAAAAGAGAAAGAAGAAGGUGUUGAAAAAGGACAGUUAUUAUCAUGCGUCAAAGACAUCGCGGCUGCCUCACAACACACCGUGGCGUCUCAUAUAGCCAAACGAACACAUCGUGCCAUUUUGUUCUGUAAAUCCAAAGGUCUUCUACCACAGCAUAAUCCAACUCUGGUUGUUUCAGGGGGAGUAGCAAGUAAUGAAUACAUCAGACGGACUCUAAAAAUUGUCACAGAUGCCACUGGAUUGCAUCUGCUUUGCCCUCCAUCAAAGUUUUGCACUGAUAAUGGAGUCAUGAUUGCAUGGAAUGGUGUAGAGAGACUAAAGCAAGGAAAGGGGAUCAUGUCCCACACCGAAGAGAUCAACUAUGAACCCAAAGCACCACUUGGAUUAGACAUUACUUCAGAAGUUAAAGAUGCUGCAAUCAAAAUUCCCCCAUUAAAACUGAGGAUAAAUUCUCGACAUUGUGUUGAAAGGACAUUUCCUACAUAUUAAUAAAUGAUUAUUUAUUAAAAAAAAAUUCAAA